CUUAUUUCAACUUUGAACCUUGGUCCUCGUGAAGCUCAGGUGGGUCCCCCGUCACCGAGGCCCGGCUAAUCUAUACGUCACGUGAGGUGCGAACGCUCGGGAGGGGGUGGGGGGUCCCCGGCAGGGAACCAGCGGAAAUAUUCUAGAACCAGAAGGGAAAAAAACCCCACUGACGGCUGGUCGACAGGUUCCGGCCCUAUUCACUGAUUUAAUGGCGGGGACUUCGAGACACGACCGAGAGAUGGCGCUGAACGCCAAGCGGCGACUGUCAGCUUCUUCUGACCCGGUAGAAAGACUCCGCCUCCAGUGCCUGGCCAGGGGAUCUGCUGGGAUCAAAGGACUCGGCCGAGUCUUCAGGAUCAUGGACGACGACAAGAACCGCUCGCUGGACUUGAAAGAGUUCCUGAAGGGGGUCAACGACUACGGUAUCCUGAUGGACAAACAGGAAGCCGCCGCCGUCUUUCAGCAUUUCGACCGUGACGGCAGCGGAACCAUCGACUUUGAUGAGUUCCUGGUGACGCUGAGGCCCGCCAUGUCCAAGGCCCGCAAGGAGGUGGUCAUGCAGGCCUUCCGCAAACUGGACAAGACAGGUGAUGGCGUGAUCACUAUCGAAGACCUGAGGGGGGUUUACGACGCCAAGUACCACCCCAAGUACCAGAACGGGGAAUGGACGGAGGAGCAGGUCUUCAGGACGUUCCUGGACAACUUUGAUUCUCCGUACGAUAAAGAUGGCAAGGUGACGCAGGAGGAGUUCAUCAACUAUUACUGCGGCGUCAGCGCCUCCAUCGAUAACGACGUUUUCUUCAUCCUGAUGAUGAGGAACGCCUGGAAGCUGUGAGCUUACAACUCAACUCAUUAAAUAUGGAU